AUGUGCAACAUGAUGUCUCUUCAUCUUAAGAAUACAUUAUAUGAAGUUGCUCCCAACUUUGUUGAAUUGGAAAGAAUCAAAUCCAUGAGUAUAAGUGAUAGCACACUUGAUAGGCUUGCAGGAAAAGUUCAUGCACUAAAUCAAGAAAAGAAACAGAGGCUUCGGAAGGUACCGGUGUUUGCUCUUCAUGUUAGUCAUUUAAAAAAACUAUGGGUCUAUGUUUACCUUUAG